UCGUUGUCCAACUUUUCCACAAAAUUCGAAACAAGUUAUUAAAUUAAAAAGAUGUUUGAAGCGAGGCUGGUCCAAGGAUCUCUUCUGAAGAAAGUUCUGGAGGCCGUCAAAGAUCUUUUAAACGAGGCAACAUGGGAUUGCAAUGGGACUGGUAUGAGCUUGCAGGCCAUGGACAGUAGUCACGUCAGUUUAGUAUCCUUAUGCUUGAGAUCAGAUGGCUUUGACACAUACAGGUGCGAUCGCAACAUCUCCAUGGGAAUUAAUCUGGGAAGCAUGUCGAAGAUUUUGAGAUGUGCUGGUAAUGAAGAUGCAAUAACAGUGAAGGCCAAUGACACCACAGACACGAUCACAUUCAUGUUCGAGUCCCCUAAUGGUGAAAAGGUGUCAGAUUAUGAGAUGAAGCUCAUGGACCUGGACACUGAGCAUCUUGGCAUUCCCGAGACAGAUUACAGCUGUGUUAUCAAAUUGCCAUCUUCUGAAUUUCAACGUAUUUGCCGUGAUCUGAGCCAGAUUGGUGAGUCCGUGGUCAUCUGCUGCACCAAGGAGGGAGUCAAGUUCUCUGCUAAUGGAGAUCUUGGAACUGGGAACAUUAAAUUAGCGCAAAGUGCUAAUGUGGACAAGGAGGAUGAGGCAGUGGUCAUUGAAAUGCAGGAGGCUGUCACCUUAACAUUUGCACUUCGAUAUUUAAACUUCUUCACCAAAGCCACUCCUCUCUCCGCACGUGUCAGUCUCUCCAUGUCCGCUGAUGUUCCUCUGGUGGUUGAGUACAAGAUUGGAGACAUGGGUUACAUAAGGUACUACCUCGCCCCGAAGAUUGAAGAUAAUGAAGAUGCAUCGUGAAUGUGAUCAUAUAGUUUUUGAAUUGUAUCUAUUCAAGGGCUCUGAAAUUUUUUUAUAAUUUUGUUUCCGAGUUGGAAACUAUUGAUAUAUAAUGUGUCACUUAGCAAAUCGUUUCUUACUUUUAAAAAAUUUUCUUGUACGUGUUUCACAUUUUUUAUUUCUAACUAGUAAAACAAUCAAUAUUUGGUUUUAAAUGUUGACCUGUUAUUUUGAAUUUAUGACCGAAACCGAGGCGAAUAUUAAAAAUAAUGUGCUAUGUGAAUCAACGUGUCGGAAAAUAAAAAAUUCUACGUGACGUUAAAAAU